AUUGACUUGGUCCAUCUCUAAGCUUAAUCUAUCGUUCAGUCAGGCACAUGGCAACUUUAGUAAGCACUAAUUUUAGCAGAGACUAUGAAUCAUUAGAAUGGAUGACAAAGAAAAUUUCAUGAAUCACCAAACAACCUUUGAACUUUGAAGGAAUCGUCAUCGUCAAAAAUAAAAAGAAAAUAAUAGUAAACACUCUUCUAUCUCCUUUUCUUCUUCUUCUAAUAACCUUUUCAUUCUCUCAUUAAUUCUCAUCGACCAUUUUUUCAAAGUAAUUUGUCUAACUAUUUUUCAACAAGAUUAUGAUACCAAGGGUGCACAUUUCUUUUCUCUUCUCUUUCUCAGGUUAAAACUUGGAACUUGGUGACUGCAAAAUGACCCAACUAAUGUUAUGAUCACUUGGAAUCAUUGGCAAGAAAGAGGACACAUAUUGGUGUUGUUUGUUCAUAUAUUGGUGAAAGAAAUAAUAUCUGGGUAGUAAGAGUACAUUGCAGUAGUAAUAUGAGCUUUCUCAAUUCAAUUUUAUCUGCUCCAACCCAGGUUCAAAAUUCCCAGGAUGCAAUUGUGAGCGGUGGGGGUCUAAGUCAUAAUGGAAAAUUCAGCUAUGGGUAUGCUAGCUCUCCCGGCAAGAGAUCUUCAAUGGAAGAUUUCUACGACACAAGAAUUGAUGGUGUUAAUGGUGAAAUCGUUGGCCUUUUCGGAGUUUUUGAUGGUCAUGGUGGUGCUCGUGCUGCUGAGUACGUCAAGAAAAACUUGUUCAGUAAUUUGAUCAGUCACCCAAAAUUCAUUUCUGACACCAAAUCAGCAAUAUCUGAUGCAUAUAAUCAUACCGAUUCUGAGUUUCUGAAGUCAGAAAAUAACCAAAAUAAAGAUGCUGGUUCAACUGCUUCCACUGCGAUUUUAGUUGGUGAUCGCUUGCUUGUUGCAAAUGUUGGGGAUUCCAGAGCUGUCAUAUGCAGGGGUGGUAAUGCUAUUGCUGUUUCUCGAGAUCACAAACCAGACCAAACUGAUGAGAGGCAGAGGAUUGAAGAGGCAGGAGGAUUUGUUAUGUGGGCUGGAACUUGGAGAGUUGGAGGUGUUCUUGCUGUUUCUCGAGCGUUUGGUGAUAGACUCUUAAAGCAAUAUGUUGUUGCUGAUCCAGAAAUUCAGGAAGAAAAAGUUGAUAAGUCCCUUGAGUUUCUUAUCCUAGCUAGUGAUGGACUAUGGGAUGUUGUCUCAAAUGAGGAAGCAGUUACUAUGAUUAAACCAAUUGAGGAUGCUGAAGAAUCAGCAAAGAGGUUGAUGCAAGAAGCAUAUGGGAGAGGUAGUGCUGACAAUAUCACAUGCGUUGUGGUUCGUUUCUUGACUCACCAUGGCACUUCUACUCAUAGUAGUUCUGGAGGUAACAAUGGCACUGCUCAUGGUACUUCUGGAGGUAACCAUGGCCCUUCUCAUGGUAAUUCUGGAGGUAGCCAUGGCCCUUCUCAUGGUACUUCUGGAGGUAACCAUGGCCCUUCUCAUGGUACUUCUGGGGGUAACCAUGGCACUUCUCAUGGUAGUUCUGGAGGUAACCUUGGCCCUUCUCAUGGUAGUUCUGGAGUUAGCCAUGGCACUUCUCAUGGUAGUUCUGGAGGAAACCUUGGACCUUCUCAUGGUAGUUCUGGAGUUAGCCAUGGCACUUCUCAUGGUAAUUCUGGAGGUAUCCAUGGCCCUUCUCAUGGUAGUUCUGGAGGUAACCAUGUCACUUCUUCUCAUGGUAGUUCUGGAGGUAACCAUGGCCCUUCUUCUCAUGGUAGUUCUGGAGGUGGUAAUAAGAACCUUCCGAAUGCUGGUUAUAAGUAAUGGAUCCAAAAAUGAGAAGACUUGGUCAAAAUUGGCUUAUAGCUGGUUGUGGUUAGUAAUAUAUAGCAGCUAUGGUGUUUCAACAAAAAUUAGAAAUAAAUUUCAAGUCAUUAUGGUCCUGUUGCAUAACCAAAUCAUUAUCUCACUUCCAUGAUUUAGCCUAUAUAUAUUUUGUAUCUAGGAAAUGUGUGUAAAGAGUGUGGUCAGAGUUGUGAUGCACCUUCUGCAUGUAAACACGAUUCUUUUAGUCUGUCUAAAUUUCGUUCAUGGUUAGUUAUUUAUGUUAUAUGCAGCAGUCCUUUACUACAUUCGUUGUAGCUUGUAUAAUAUAUACAUAAGAAAACAUUGA